AUGGACAGUUCAAGUGAAACCGGAAGCGACAGUGAUUAUUUCGAUGAUGCAAACAGCGGUUCGGAAACGGGAGAUGGCGAAAGCCAAACAUCCGACGAUGAUGAUGAAAUUGAUUUAGAAAACCUAAAAUUAGACGAUGACUCCACAUGGAAAAGUUCGUAUACUUCCCGUUCUGGAAUGAUUUGGUCCUCAACUCCUCAUCAUUCAACGAAAAAUGAUUUUUCGAAUGAUGUUAUUCAAAAAGCUGGUCUUACAAAUACCAGUGAAAAUAUUUCAUCUGUCGAAGAUGCAUUCAUGUGUUUUAUGCCAAACAAACUUCUGGAAAAAAUCUUGGAUUAUUCAAACUUGGAGUAUACUCACAAGAAUACCUCCACGAAAAAAAUUGAAGAAAUAACACUCAUAGAAUUGAAAGCAUUUAUUGGACUUUUAUUGCUUGCUGGUUUAUUGGGGAAAUCGAAGAUCGAUCUGAAAUGCUUAUGGAGAAGAAGUCCAUUAGAACCGCCAAUAUUCAAAGCCACUAUGUCAAGAACUCGUUUUCAGGAUAUUAUUUCUUGUUUGAGAUUUGACGACAAAAGAACAAGGGAAGAAAGAAAACGAACAGAUAAAUUUGCAGCAAUUCGUGAAAUCUGGUCAUAUUUCCAAAAUUGCUUACAAACAUGUUACACACCGGGAUCAAAUGUUACUAUUGAUGAACAACUACUAGGAUUUAGAGGAAAAUGUUCCUUCCGUCAAUAUAUGCCAAAAAAGCCUGACAAAUACGGAUUAAAAUUUUGGCUAUGCGUUGAUGUGGACUCACAUUAUGUAUUCAAUGCAUUUCCUUACGUUGGACGACAACCGAAUGAGCAAAGACAAACACAGAUAGGUGCCAAAGUCGUUCUAGAAUUACUCAAACCACUUUACGGCUUCCAAAGAAACGUUACAAUAGAUAAUUUCUUCACAAGUGUUCCAUUAGCCCAAACGCUUCAAACAAAGAAUCUGACUCUUAUAGGAACACUGCGAAAAAACAAGUCAGAAAUACCUAUCGAGUUUCAAUCCAACGAAAAUCGUGAAGUGGGUUCUUCGCUCUUUGGUUUCCAAGAUGGUUUAACCUUAGUUUCAUUUGUCCCAAAACAGAAUAAAGCUGUUUUAUUGCUCUCCUCAAAACAUCACGACAAUCAAGUGGACAAUAAAACUGGAAAACCGAUCAUUAUAUUGGAUUAUAACAAAACAAAGGGGGCUGUCGAUACUGUUGAUCAAAUGUGUCAUAAAUACACGGUAAAAAAUAUUUCAGUAUUUCUAUAGCUUAUUUUACUUUUCAGGUAAAACGAGAUACAAAGCGAUGGCCAGUUUGUAUUUUCUAUGGGAUGAUAGACAUUGCUGCCAUAAAUGCUCUGAUUGUCUGGAAAGUGAAAAAUCCUCAAUGGAAUCAGAAUACAAAUCAUAAACGUCGAUUAUUUUUGGAAGAAUUAGGAUUAGCACUGGUAUCGCAUCUGUUGGAUUUUCGUUCGAAGAACUCGAAAUUUUUGAACACAGAUAUUCUAAAUGCUUUAGCAAUCGUCGGUUAUCCUGUGUCGAAGAACGAUCCGGCAGAAGCGAAUGAAAAUCCCACUCAACCAAAACGAAAAAGGUGCUCCAUUUGUGAACGUUCUACGGACAAGAAAACAUCAAUUCAAUGUUUCAGUUGUUCUUCGUUCGUUUGUAGUGAUCAUUCUGUCAAACGUGUCUUUUGUAUUAAUUGUUCUAAAUAAGGAACAUCGUUCUCAUUUUUUUCUAUAGAAUAAAACAAGAAAAGGUCAGAUCUUACGAAAAUAUUGGCUGAAAAGUAAAAGGAUUAUUAAAAAAGAACACAUGUCAUCAAAAUCACGGUUAAAAGAGGCCGGUACUCCAAGGGUUAAUAAUGAAUUGUUAUAAAGUUAUAAGCAAAACAAUCUUUUCAAUGUACUGCAAAAUAAGUGUAUAACUAAGUACUCUUUUAUGAUACAUGUUAUUAAUUAAUAGAUCAGUUGUCUAAUAUGAUUUUGUUUUUAUAUUAUAGAGAACCCUUAGCUCUAUAUGCAGUAGAAUUUUGAUAACUGCUGAUGCAACUGUAGAUGAAAUACAAAAACAUAAUAUAGCAUAAAGGUCAAUAAUUGUUGAAAAUGAUCCUAACCCUUGAGCAUUAGUUUUUUCCCUAAAACUAGAAAUGUCCAAGAUUUGAUUGAUUGAUCUAAUAUCCUCACAUGAGUCCCAACUAAAAAAUAUUUAAAAGAAAAAAAAACUAGGUGGGGGGAA